UUCAGUUUCAGGGUAGCACGAAACUACUACACUACUAACAUGUCGAAUGGUUCUGCCUUAACCGCUUCGCGUCUGGUAUAUUCAGAGCCAGGUGACCCCAUAAACGUGAUACGAAAAGAGACUUUCCCUCUACCAGAACCAGGCGACCAGGAAGUCCUCCUGGAAAUGUUGGCCGCACCUGUCAAUCCUGUCGACGUCAACAUAGUCCAAGGGAAAUACCCGAUGCAAGUGGAAUGCCCUGGGUACGAAGGGGUAGCUAGAGUGAUGAAACUAGGUCCAGGCGUUCGGAGUUUGAAGGUCGGGGAUCACGUGAUAGCCUUGAGGUACGUCGGCACAUGGAGAACACACUUGGCAUUGCCGGAACAGGUACUGCUGCAAGUUCCAAAGGAACUGGGGAUAGCUGAGGCUGCGACUUUGACAUGCAAUCCGCCGACUGUCUACAGGAUGUUGAAGGAUUACGUUGAAGUGAAGCCCGGUGAUACGGUUAUCCAGAAUGGCGCCAAUUCCGCUUGCGGGGUUCUUGCUAUCCAGAUGUGCAGACAAUGGGGUAUCAAUACUGUUAACGUGAUCAGAGAUAGACCCAACGUGGAGGAACUGAAAACUUUUCUAAAAAAUCUAGGAGCUACUUACGUCUUCACGGAGGAGGAAAUCAAAACUACUGACGUGUUCAAGACUGGCCGGCUUGAAAAACCGAUGCUGGGCUUGAACUGCGUGGGGGGAAAAAAUGCUGCGCAGCUGAUUAGACAUUUGGACUUUGGAGGUGUUUUGGUGACCUAUGGAGGAAUGUCUAUGGAGCCCAUUUAUGUGCCAACUUCUGCGCUAAUCUUCAGGGAUAUUCGUUUAGAGGGGAUUAAUAUCAAUAAUUGGUUCGAUCAAGAGAAGAACUUUGCAGACAGAGCGAAAAUGUUCAAAGAUCUCAUUUCGAUGCUAAAGAAUGGCCAAUUGAAAGCGCCUCCUCAUGUUAUGGUGAAUUUUGAAAGGUAUGAAGAAGCUCUGAAAAAUACUUUGUCCAAAGAUGGUAUGGUGGGGAAAAAAUAUAUUUUGGAUUUUAGUGUUGUUCGUAGCAAAUUUUAAAGUGUAGUGUAGUUGUAUCUUGUGGAAUUAUCGUGGAUCAUUUUUGAUUUCAAGUAAAUAUUGCUGGACUACCGAGCAUAUGCUCAAAUGUGGAAUCGUAUAAUUUAUUUCUUUGUGAUAUAACAAUGCUGUUACAUAUUCACAUAUUGAUUGUCUCGUUUAUUGUAUAUUUCAAUAAAUAUUCAUAAGG